AAUAUUCUAAAUAAGGUUAUGUUACAGGUAUGAGACAAUAAAUACAUGUAGAGAGUAUGAUUAAAAUUAUUUAAUAAAUAACUUUAAAUUUUAAAAUAAAAUCUUAAAUAAUUUACUUAAAGAGUAUAUGAUAAUUUUAUAAUAUUAAAUAUAUUAUAAUAUUAUAAAGUCUUAUAAAAAAUAAUAAGCAUGAGUGAAUUAUUAAAUGAUGAACGAUUUGCUUACAUUGCAAGGGAUCCUAAAUUUAAGAGGAUCCCAAAAACAGAAAGAAAAGUAAAAAUAGAUAAAAGAUUUCAGAGUAUGUUUAAAGAUAACAAGUUUAAGAUUCAAUAUACCAUAGAUAAACGAGGUAGACCUAUAAAUCAAACAUCAUCUGAAAAUCUUAGAAAAUAUUAUGAUCUAUCUAGCAGUGAAGAAGAAAAUGACGAAAAAGAAUAUGAAAAAUCUAAACAAAAAGAAAAAAAAUUUAAUGAAUAUAAAAAAAAAGAUAAAAAGAAUGAAAUACCUCAAUUGGAAGAAAGAAGUCCAAAAAAUGAAAAUGAAUAUAAUGAUUCAUCAGAUGAUAAUUUUUUUUCAAGUAAUGGAGAACUACUUAGGAUUAAACCACAAGAAGAUUCCGAACAGAAUAACAUUGAAUCUGACUCUGAAUCUGACAUAGAUGAUGCAAUAAAUGUCAAAAAUUUAAAAGCAGAUUUAAAAGAAAGUAAAAAACAAUUAAAUGUUAGAAGCAAGAGUGAAUCUAAGAAGCUUACUGAUAAGAUUAAAGAAAAAUUAAAAGAUUUAAGUAUAAAUUAUGCUAGAGGUGAAGGAAUUUUAAUGACAGAUAGUUCUUCUGAUGAAGAAAGUUUUGAGACUUCUGAUGAAGAAGAUAUUGAACACAAUUGGGGUGAAUUAGAUAAAGAGGCUGAAACAACAAAUGAAAUUACACAUAGAUUGGCACUUUGUAAUAUGGAUUGGGAUAGAAUACGUGCUGUAGAUUUAAUGGUUUUAUUUAAUUCAUUCUUACCUCUUGGUGGUUUUAUUAGUUCAAUUAUUAUUUAUCCCUCAGAAUUUGGUAUACAACGAAUGAAAGAAGAAGAACUUCAAGGUCCAAAGGAAUUAACAGAAAUAGAUAAAGAAAAGAAAAAUGAAGAUGAAAAUGAUGAGGAGGAAGGAUCAGCAUAUCAUAUGGAAAAAUUAAGACAAUAUCAAUUAAAUAGAUUAAAAUAUUAUUAUGCUGUAAUUAAUUUUGAUUCUGCUGAAACUGCAAAUAAAAUUUAUACAGAAUGUGAUGGUACAGAAUAUGAAUCUACAGCAACAAAAUUAGAUCUUAGAUUUAUACCAAAUGAUAUGGAAUUUGAUCAAACUCCUAAAGAAAUAUGUGAUAAGCUACCACAGCUUACAAAAUAUCAACCGAGACAAUUCAUAACCACAGCUUUACAACAAGUUAAAGUGAACUUAACUUGGGAUGAAACAAAUCCUGAAAGAAUAGAGAUUGCACAAAAAUUGAAUUCUGGAAAAUUAAAUGAAAUUAAUGAAACUGACUUACAAGCUUAUUUAGCAACAGAUUCAAGUGAUAAUGAAGCAGAAGAAGAAGAAGAACAACAAAAAGAAUUACAAAAAAAUAAAAUCAAUUCAGAAGAGGAAACAAAUGCUGAUCCAGUUGAAAAAUACAAAGCUUUAUUGAAAGAAAUAGAGGAAAAAGAAGAAGCAAAACAGAAAAGGGACGUUGAGUUGGAAUUUACUUGGGGUUUAGGCACGAAAGAGAAAGCUGAAAAAUUAGUGCAAGAAAGAUUAAAAAAAGAUCAAAAUCUUACUCCAUUUGAGCAAUAUUUAGAAAAACGAAAAGCAAAAAGAAAAGCUAAACGAGAAGAACGAAAAAAACAUAGAACUGAAGAUGAAUCCGAUUCUGAAAAUUCAGAAAUGCUUAAUUUGGAUAAUCAUGAAAAAAAUAAUAGAUUAUCUCAUGAAAAGAAAAACGCUAUAAAAAAUAAUAAUUCUUUUUCAUCAGACGAUGAAAAUGAAGAACGACGUAAAGCUGAAUUAGAACUUUUAUUAAUGGAUGAAAAUGAAGAUAAUAAACAACAUUUCAAUAUGAAAAAAAUCGAAGAAAACGCUACAAUGACAAAGUCUAAGCAAAAACGAUUAAAUAAAAAGAAAAAUACACAAGAUCAAAUAAUAAAAGAUAACUUUGAAGUAAAUGUUCAAGAUUCAAGAUUUAACGCUUUGUUUACAUCGCAUCAUUUUAAUAUUGAUCCAGCAGAUCCACAUUAUAGGAAAACUAAAGGUACUGAAGCUUUAAUUAAAGAAAAAUUAAAAAGAAGAGCUAAUAAUGAUUAUAAUGAGGAAGUACCUGUUAAAGAAUCAAAAAUGCAGUUUAAUACAGAACUACAAACAUUAAUUAAAUCAGUAAAGCAAAAUACCAAAAAUAUUUCAAAACCAAUAAAAUAAAUUUUCUUGUAAAUUAUUUAUGAAGCAAGAAAUUAUUCUUAAUUUUAUAUUGGAAUAAAAUAU